AUGGAGGUUUCCAGAGCAGAAGGCGACCCUGAAUUCUCAGAUAUCGAAAAGGCGAAUGCCACCGAAGCACAUGCACCGUUACAAAGAAACUUAAAAAAUCGUCACAUCCAAAUGAUUGCCAUUGGCGGUGCAGCACUCAGCAGCGGUGGACCUGCGUCGUUGCUUAUCUGUUACUUUCUUAUUAGUACCAUGAUAUUCACGACAAUUCAGGCAUUAGGAGAGUUGGCAGUGACCUUCCCCAUUGCCGGGUCUUUCCUCUCUCUUAACACACGAUUUCUUUCCCCAGCUUGGGGGUUCUGCAUGGCGUGGAACUAUCUUCUACAGUGGUUGAUUGCGUUACCGUUGGAGUUGGUGGCAUGCGCCAUGACCAUGAAAUUCUGGAAUGACGAUGUUAACCCUGCAGUAUGGGUCGCAAUUUACUUCAGCAUGAUUGUGCUUGUGAACCUCUUUGGGGUGAAGGGGUAUGCGGAGGUGGAGUUUUGCUUUUCCACAAUCAAGAUUAUCGCUGUCAUCGGGUUCUGCAUCUUGGGUGUUGUAAUCAACUGCGGCGGCGGCGAGUCAAGGUCAGGUUACAUCGGUGGCCGUUUCUGGCAUGACCCGGGAGCGUUCAACAACGGCUUCAACGGCUUCUGCUCUGUAUUUGUCACUGCAGCCUUCUCCUUCUCGGGAACGGAGCUUACACUCCCCUCAGCCACGAAGCAGGUGUUCUGGCGCAUUACCAUCUUCUACAUGAUGUCUCUCACCAUCAUUGGCUUGUUGGUGCCGUACAACGACCCCCGGUUGAUCGGGAAUUCCGACGGGGCAGAGGCUUCGCCGUUUGUCAUUGCUGUGAGAAACGCCGGAAUCAAGGUCGUUCCGUCGAUCAUGAACGCCGUCAUUUUGAUUGCCGUGCUCUCCGUUGCGAACUCGUCUGUCUUCGCCACGUCAAGAACAUUUGCUACCUUGGCAAACCAGGGCUUCAUUCCCUCCGUGUUCGGGUACAUCGACCGCCGGGGGAGACCCUUGGUGGGGAUUCUCGUUGCUUCGUUAUUUGGCUUGCUCGGCUUUCUUGCCGCCUCGGCAAAGCAGGCUGAGGUCUUCUCCUGGCUGAUGGCCUUGUCGGGUCUCUCAUCCAUUUUCACAUGGCUGUCCAUCUGCCUAGUUCACAUCCGCUUCAGAGAGGCCUUGAAGGCACGCGGACGCGACACAGGCGAGUUGGUCUUUACAUCCAUGUGUGGAGUCUACGGUAGUUGGUGGGGGGUCGUGCUUAACGUCGUGAUCCUGAUCUUCGAAAUCUGGACGGGGCUCUUUCCCCGCGGAUUCCGGCCGCCCGAUGCCGGAGUCGCCGCUUCCGGCGCCGGCAGCGCAAGCGGCGUCGAUGUUGUCCACUUCUUCAAGAUCAACUUGAAUCUUUUCUGUCUUGUCGCCAUGCUUGCCGUCUACGUCAUGUGGAAGGGCCGCCGCAGCGUUUUCUACGUGCGCAUCGAGGACAUCGAUGUUGACGCCGGUCGUCGGGCAGAGGACCUCGACGAGUUGAGGGCCACCAUCGAGGCUGAGCGCCAGCAGCUUGCACGCCGUCCAUGGUACUACCGUUUGUACAAGACCUGGUGCUGA